AUGGCGGACCUGGACGUAACACAGCUUGAGCUGAUAACACCUCAUGUUACCACUCAGCUCCAGGCCUUCAACAGCCAGGUUGUGGCCCACCUCAAGAACUACAAGCCUGAGAUAAGCCGCAUCUACGACCGCCUGGGGGAGCUCACGGUGACGGAUGAGCGGCUGGAGGGGCACCUCAACGCGCUGGAGUCCGAUGUCAACCGAAAUAACGACAAUGCCGUUUCCAGUUACAACUCCCUGGCGGAGCGGUUGGGUAAAGUGGAGCAGCUGCUGUCUGCCUUGCCUUCUUGGAAGGAUGACCUGGUGGGCCGUAUCGAGAACCUCGCUCGGGAGACGAGGGCCAAACACGAGGCAGCGGCCUCCAGGGCCACGGUGAUUGAGGACUCACUCAACUCGCACAUCGCGGCCACGCGCGAGCGCCUCGACAUGCUGACCACUGUGGCUCGUACGGCAUCUGAGGCACGAGCUCAGCAACAGGAGCGGAUAGACGAGCUGGACACAGAGCUCCGCCGCCUGCGGGAGUUCGCAGAGAAGGAGUUCAACGAUGCCAAGAUCAGGCUGAGACGCCAUGACGAGCAGCACGUGGUGGCGAACGGCAAGCUGGCCGAGCACGGCGGCAUGCUGUCCUCCCACAAGAUCGAGCUGGCUCGAUUGAAGGACUCCUCCGAUCAGCACAACCGCCAACUGGAGAACCUGGCGCGGGGGCCUGGGACAAUGUUGGACAUCAAGGUGGAGACCGGGCCCCCCGGGUUGUGGAAGAUGGCCUCGCAGGUCGCGGCACACGAGGACGAGAUAGCGUCCAUGAGAACCGGUCUCAUGGCGGCGAAGUCGACCAAUGAGGAGCUCACUCGGCGAAUGGAUGACGUGUUAUCUGGCUUAGCUCACCAGCGGGACACAUCAACACAACUCAGGGAGGAGUGCAGGAUACUGGCGGACAGGCUGACCGCCCUAGCUGGCAGCGGUGAGCGGCUCAAGUUCGAAUUGCUGCAUGAUGAAACGGCCCAGGUUGGCACCAUCCGUGACUACAUGGCGGAGGUGGAGCGGCGCAAUGCGGCCCUGACCGAGCGGGUCAUGCAGCUAGAGGCGGGUCUGGCUGGAGAGUCGGAAAGGAGCCGAUCCGUGGCGGGCGUGACACGGGAGCUUCGGGCAGCCAUUGACGGCAUGCUGUGUACGAGCCAGGCGGAUCUCGCCCGGCUCCGCGCCACCAUGUCCUCCCUGCAUGAGGAGUAUGCGGAGAUGUCGAAGAAGGCGAGAAGGGCGGGACUGAUGACCGUGUCUCAGGUGGAGGACAUUAUCGACAUGCGUCUCAACGGUCCCGUACUGGAUUCCAUCAUCGCGAAAAAGGUAUGCGAGUACGGCUGCGUGUUUAGGAAGGUGGUUGUGACGCGGUUAAUGAUGCGCUGUUGUCGGUUGCGACGUGGUCACGGAACGUUUGUUGUUUUCCUUUUUUCUUGCGGGCCCUCCUGGCAGCCGUCCAGCAUGCAAAGACAACUCACGUUUGGCAGCGGCGGCGGCGGCGACGGCAUCGCCAGCGCCGCCGUCAGCAUUAGCGGCGAAGCCGCCGCCGUGGCGGCGGCGGGGACGGGUCCGGGGUCGCUGGCGUCGCCGCCGCUGCCGCCGUCUGUCGCGAUGUCUGUCGCCGAGGAGGCGACGGCGUACUCGCUGCCGGGGUCUCCGUCCCCUAGGGCCGCAGCAGCAGGGGGGGUAGGGGUAGGGGUAGGGUCUUCGGAUCCGGCCUUGGGGUUGAGGUUGGUGACUGUGGAGUCUGAUAUGUCUCGUCUGUUCGAGGCAUUCAAGGCGUUUGGCGAAAAGGUUGCCCCCAUCAGCGAGAUUCACGAUCUGCGUCAAGAUCUGGAAGAUAUCAACAACAUCGUCACACAGAUCAAAGUGGGUCAGGGGAUCCUCGGGGAGGCCGGGGAGGAGGCUGUACGGCGGCACAUACACGCCACGCUGCUACCCGACCUGCAGCAGCGCCAGCAGCAGGACACAAGACGGAUCCUGGGAUGGAUGGACGAGCAGCUCGCUGACGUGUCUAAGGAGCUGUACAUCAUACGGCGAAACCAAGAGCGCAUACAGUCCCGGAUGGCGGAGCUGAACGGCGCUGGCGGCGGCGGUGGCGCUGCCGCCGCCGCCGGUGUUGCAGAAGCUGCCGCUGAGGAUGCGGCGGCGGCCGCCGCCGCAGCGGCGCGCCUCGCCGCCACCGCCAGCUCGCUCCGUCCUCGUCAUAUUCCGGGACGGCCCAUGUCGGCGUCCGCGGCAUUAAUGUCCGCGUCAUCGUCGGCGGCGUUUGCGGCGUUGUACGGCGACGGUGAAGCCGUCGGUCUCACCGCCAGAGUGGAAGCGCUGGCGGAGCAGCUGUACUUCAUCUCUGACACGUUGGGUGUACCGCUGGGAAGGAAGAGCCGGCCGGCGCAAGCACGGGCGAGGAAGCGCAACACCGCUGGCGGCGGCGGCGGCGGGCAGCAGGCACUGGCAGCGGCCGCUGCCGUCACGACAACCAUGGCGUCUGCCGGCGGCGGCGGCGGCGGUGGUGGCGCCGCCGCUGCCGUUGGAUCCCUUCGAGGUUACGCAUCGGGCCCGGCGAUGCAGCUCGCUGGCUCGGCAUCGGUGGCAGCCGCGUCGCCGCCACCGGCGGCAACUGCGGCCGCCGUACAGGGCCUCGUUGACGCUGCCGUCGCUGAACUGAAGCUGCGGCUGCGGCUAAUUGAAAACGAAGUCCCACUUAUGGCCCGAAGCUUUGAGGUGAAGGCGCUGAAGCGGAUGCUGCAUGAUGCGACGGCGGCGGCGGCGGCGGCGGCAGCGGCGGGCGCACCGGCGGCGGCGCCGCCGUUGGGCAUGUUCGACAGCAACAGCCGUACAAGCAGCGGCGUCAUGGGGCUGCCCCCGCCACCGCUCAAUAGGUUGCGUUCAAAUGCCAGCACGCGCUGGAGCUGGCAGUUACGACUAUGGACGAGCGUGGACGAGCACUGGAGCAAAGGUGGUCUAAUCUGGAAUUUAAAUUGGGCAGCGCUAGCAAAGAAACUCACGGUGGUGAAUGUGGAGAUUUCGGGUAUCGCUCAUGACUUGGCGGUGGCGGCGCACGAGGAGCUUCAGCGAUCCCGGGAUGGCCCCUUACCGGACGGGACUCAGGAUGGCAUUCCCACGCCCGCCGCCGUGGCCAACCGCGAGGCCGCCCUGGCUCGGCUGCGUCGUAAACCUCUGGAGGUCGCUGCUCACGUGGAGCUGCUGGAGAGCGUCAAACUACACUUGGACCGGCUCAUGCGGCGGUCUACGGCAUGUACGACAGACAGACUGGUGCUGCUGGCGGCUAUGGGCGCUAUGCGGAUAAAGCUUCUGGAGAACGAGGCGGAGGCGUUCAGAGAACAAAUUAUUGCGGUAUUCCGCUCCCUGGAGCGAGCUUUCACUGCGUUGGUGAAGCUGCAGGAAGCUGUGGCCACCAAAAGCUCCGCCGCCGCCGUCGGCCAGCUGGCCACCAUGCUGCAAGACGUGUCGGCGGGGCUGGCAACGCUGGCGGCGCACGCCGCCAUUCGCGACAGCGCCGUCACCGGACCCAUGGUACCACGCGGCGGCAGCGGUGCCGCCGCCGUCGCUGUGACGGCGGCUGCCGCCGCCGUGGAGCAGGUACGGCGGCGGCAGGGCUCCGCCGGCUCGAGUGACGUCGCGGCGGCGGCGGCUGCCGCCGCCAGCGGCAACUUAACGCUGCCAGCGCCGCUGGCGAACGGUCCGCUUGAGGAGACGCUAUCGAUGCUGACGGCGCGGGUGCCGUCGCCGACGUCGGUGAUGCGCCCGGCGUCGCCAGUGAGGCUGGCGGGGCCGGGAAUAAAUACGGCAAUUAAUAGGCAGCACGCCGCGGCGGCACGUGGGGGUGGAGGUGGCGGCGGCGGAGCCGCCGCCGCCGCGGCGGCGGCGCUUGGCGGCGGUGUACGACUAACGUCAACGCAAGGGACACCUGUGGUGACUGUACUGAACCAGUCCUGUCGAACCGCCAUCUAA